CGAAACCCUCGUCCGAUGGCGUCGUCGGCGACGUUCGGCGCGCGAUGCGCGACGCCCGCGCGCCUCGCGGCGGGAUCGGCGCGCCAUCCUCGACGCGCGCACCGCGCGUCGCGCGCCUCGACGACGCGCGCGCAGGCCGGGGUCGAGCCGCACAACCACCGCGGAGACACCGCGAGAUCGCCCGCGCGCGACCCGAGGGUGGACAUCAUCGGCAAGCCGUCGGAGCGCUCGCCGCUCGCGCCGUCGCCGCCGUCGUCGCCCGCGCGCCCGCGCGGCGCGUCCGCGCCGUCGCCGUCGCCGCCGGCGACGGCGGCGGCGAUGAAGAAGCCCGGAGCCUCCUCCUCGUCGUCGUCCGCGCGAGGGGCGAGCGCGGAUCUCGGACCGAACACGCCGCGGCGCUACCAGCGCACGUCGUGGUACGGCGCGGUGCCCCUCGGCGCGGGCGUGCGCUCGAACGUCACCGCGAGGCGUCGACGACUGGCGGCAGCCGCGGAAGCCGGCGGAAUCGACGGCGGCUCGCUCGGGUCGUCCAACCCUGCGGUCGUGAAGGCCGCGACCGCGGGGCACGCGCCGCUCCCCGCGAUGAAGAAGCCGUUCAAGGAGCCGGCGAGCGGCGACGGCGGCGACUCGCUCGACCUCCCGAGGCAGACGAGCGUCGACGCGGUCGCGAAGAAAAAAGACGACGACGACGCGAAAACGAAAGCCGCGAGCGACGACGACAAGAGCGCGGGCGCGGCGCACCUGACGCGCCUCCUCCGCACGCCCCUCAGCGGCGGCGUCUUGAACUCGAUGAAAGACGCGGACCUCCCGACGGUCGCGGUCGCGGCGAGGAACCUCAUGGAGCUCGCGGACUACGCGGAUCUGUCCACCAUAAUGAGCAACAUGAAUCACCGCAGGAACUUGGCGUACAACACGCGCGCGAGUCUUACGGUGAAGAUGAACGGCUGGGGCGGUCUCGCGAACGCGCGCGUGACAAUCUUCGGCGACGUCACGCGGCUCCCCGCGGAGCACCAGGCGGCGGCGAACGAGAUCUUCAAGGCGAAGUACGAGGCGAGGAAAGAAGAGGUGGAUCUCCAGGACCGCUGGGGCGAUUACACGUUCUACAGGAUGAACGACGUCAUCGACGUGUACUUCGUCGGAGGGUUCGGGACGUUGAACUGGGUCAAUCUCGCGGAGUACAAGAGCGCGAAGCCGGAUAAGAUCGUGACGCCGUCGGCGGGGAGCUCAGUGCUCGACGUCCUCGCCGAACUCAACACCAAGUACGGCGCGCGGCUCGCGCAGAGCGGCGCGGUGCAGGCUGGCGCGGCGUUCAACGAGCCCCUCGACGGACGUGCGAUUCCGCGCGUGGACGACCUGUGGAUAAUCUCGAUCGAUAAGAGGGGCGUCGACGUCCGCGUGCGCGUCGACGGCGUGUCGCAGGUGCGAAGGCUGUCGUGGAACGGGUGCGUGGAGACGUACGCCGACGCGUGCGGCGCGGUGGAGGCGAUCAUCGACGGGCGGAGCUGGGACGGGGGGGAGAAUCCGAGCGAGGAGUGCGACGUGCGCGAGAAGAAGCCACGGUCGUGAGGAAGGGGAGGAGACGAGCGAGAGAGAGGAGAGAGAGGAGAAGAGAAGAGAGGCGAGUCGCUCGCUCGCUCGACGUGUAAAACGCAAACCAAACCGACGCAAUC